UUUUAUUUUAAAAACAUAAAAUAAAUUAGUGUAAGAAACUUUUUUCUCUCUCUCUGAGUCUUCGACUUCGUUUUUAUCUCCAGCUUUUUUUUUCUCACGCGAAAAGCUCCUGUUCUUUAAAGGAUUUGAUCACGAGAGUUUCAGGUUUGGAUUUCGUAGUCAAUUUCCAGAUUCUAGGGUUUUGGUUGGUCAAAAUCUUCUACUUCGUCCCGUGUUUGUGGAUUGGUUCACGGAUCUUUGGAGAUUCCGAAAUUGGAGGCGAUUUUUAUUCUAGGGUUUCGGUGAAAUUUGUACCGUUUUUUGGAUUAAUUCUUACGUUGAUCGCUUCUCUCCUGGCGAGCUCGCGUUUAAAGGUUUAGAUUUCAAGCUCCGUGUUGUCUAUUUUGAAGCUAAUUUAUCUGGUGGAGGUUGAAUUUUGGUUUGUGAAGAAUUUGUGUGGAUUCAGCUGUUGGAGAUUCAAAUGGUGUCUUGCAAAUGAGUUGUAGAAGCUAGUGAGAAUUAUAUAUAUUGUGGUAAGUCUUGCCAAAACAAUGGUUGAAAGUGCUGCGUUCCCAGGAGGGUAUUAUCGGAAUACUUUUGAAGCGCCUGAGGAAUCAGAGGGCUCUGGGAGCUCUGCACAGAUUGAUACUGAGGUCACUGCGUCUGAGAAUUCAAGUACUCCUGCACGGAAGUGUAUUAUGUUGAAUUCGAAUGAUGAAGAUCCUUAUGGUGUUCAGAGACAAGUCAUUUCCUUGUAUAACAUGUCACAAUCUGAGAGGAAGGAUUUGAUUUAUCGGCUUAAGCUGGAGUUGGAGCAGACAAAGAUAGUUCUUAAAAAUGCUGAGUUGCAGAGAAUGAACCCUGCUGCUGUGUCGUCUACUAGUGAUAGGGUGGGUUUUAGCACUGGUCAAAAGAUAUCAUCUCGAGUCAGCAAUUCGAAGAAACCAUCUGAUUUUGCUGUGGGUUCGGGGAAGAAAGUUCGGCAUCAGAAUGGGACUUCUCGUGGAUGGAAUCGUGGUACCUCAGGGAAGUUUGAGUCUUCGAAAGAGACUAUGACUAGCACUCCUAACAUUACACUGAUGAAGCAAUGUGACACGCUACUGAGAAAACUGUGGUCUCAUCCGCAUUCUUGGGUGUUUCAGGCGCCAGUUGAUGUAGUGAAACUGAACAUACCUGACUAUCUCACUACUAUCAAGCAUCCCAUGGACUUAGGGACAGUAAAGAAGAACUUAGCGUCUGGUGUAUACUCAAGCCCACAUGAGUUUGCUGCUGAUGUGAGGCUUACAUUUACCAAUGCGAUGACAUAUAACCCUCCAGGACAUGAUGUUCACAUUAUGGGGGAUAUCCUUAGUAAAUUAUUUGAAGCGCGGUGGAAAACUAUCAAAAAGAAAUUACCACCUUGUAGCAUGCAAACGUUGCCUGCAGUAACAUUGGAGCCCAAUGAUGAAAGGAAAGCUGCUAUAUCUGUACCUCCGGCGAAGAAGAGAAAGAUGGCUUCACCCGUUAGAGAGAGUGUUCCAGAACCGGUGAAGCCACUUAUGACAGAAGUGGAGAGGCAUAGAUUGGGCAGACAACUCGAAUCACUACUCGACGAACUUCCUGCACAUAUCAUUGACUUCUUGAAGAAACACAAUUCAAAUGGCGGAGAAAUUGCAGAAGACGAAAUUGAGAUAGACAUUGAUGUUCUCAGUGAUGAAGUACUGGUCACUCUUCGAAACCUUCUAGAUGAAUAUAUACAAAACAAAGAAGCAAAGCAGACGAAUGUUGAACCAUGUGAAAUAGAGCUUAUUAAUGGAUCACGACCGAGCAAUUCGUCGCUGCAAAGAGGAAAUGAAAUGGCUGAUGAGUAUGUCGAUGGGAAUGAACCGCCUAUCUCAAGGAGCUCCAGUGAUUCGGAUUCUGGUAGCUCGGAAGAUCAAUCUGAUGACGCUAAACCCAUGGUUCAAGGGGAUUCUUCCAAGAUGCCUGAAACUGCAAACUCUGAGGCGCAAAGAGAUGAAAAUACAAGAAUUGAUGAUCUUUUUGUUGGGAGUCAAUCUACUGGUGCGCUUGAGCAGAUGGAUAUUUGUUCUCAGCAAAAGCUUAGUUCUGAUGAAUCAGAUGGCCAACAUGAGGGAAAUAUAUUAGAGACUCCAGCUUCAUCUGAGAAGCGCUAUAGAGCUGCGCUGUUGAAGAACCGGUUUGCAGAUAUCAUUCUAAAAGCACGAGAGAAACCACUUCCACAGAAUGGUAUUAAGGGCGAUCCAGAAAGGCUGCGUAAAGAAAGAGAAGAACUCGUACUGCAGAAGAAGAAAGAGAAAGCGCGUCUACAAGCUGAAGCAGAGGCUGCUGAAGAUGCUCGUCGCCAAGCUGAAGCAGAAGCCGCUGCAGAAGCUGCUGCUGAGGCUAAGCGGAAGAGAGAACUCGAAAGAGAAGCCGCUCGCCAAGCUUUAUUGAAGAUGGAGAAAACUGUAGAGAUUAAUGAGAACUCACGGUUUCUCGAGGACCUAGAGAUGCUGAGUUCGAGUGCACCUGAGCAAUUACCAAGCUCAGCCGAAGAAACCAGCCCCGAGAGACCUUUAGACGCACUUGGAAGUUUCAACCUCAGAGGAAGCAACCCACUUGAGCAACUCGGACUGUACAUGAAACAAGAUGAUGAUGAAGAAGAGCCCGAAGCUCCUGCUGUUCCAAAACCUGAUGAAACCAGCACCGAGAGACCUUUAGACGCACUUGGAAGUUUCAAACUCGGAGAAUGUAAUCCGCUGGAGCAACUUGGACUGUACAUGAAACAAGACGACGGUGAAGAAGAAGAACCCGAGGCUCCUGUGGUUCCAAAACCCAAUGAAACCAGCCUCGAGAGACCUGUAGACGCAUUUGGAAGUUUCAACCUCAAAGGAAGUAACCCUCUUGAGCAACUCGGACUGUACAUGAAACAAGACGAUGAUGAAGAAGAACCCGAGGCUCCCGCUGUUCCAAACCUAGCCAACGACGUGGAAGAAGGUGAAAUCGAUUGAACAAAAGAAGUGUAUAAAAUAUAUACAUGUAUUAUAUAUAAAACAAUAGCCAGGGCAGGUACAAACAGACGCAAGAAAUGAAGGUCUUAGCCCUUCUUAAGAGAAGAUCCAAUAUGUGGCUCAUUGUUUAAUGAGUUUUGGAAUGGAUCUCUCUUAAGCCAGUGUGGUGUUUAAUUAUGUAAAACACAAAGCAAACGCUUAGAAGCUUUUUGCCACGAGACUUCAUGAAGAGUCCCUUAGUGUAUGAUUAUUAAAAAAAAAUAGAAAAAAGAGUCAAAGACCAUUGUUUGUGUAAGAAUCUAUUUUUACAUUUGUUCUUGAUAAUAAUUCUCUUCCGUGCA